AUGCAGGUCCGGGGCCUCCUCCUCCUCCUCCUGGCCUUGGUGCUUUUAGGCGCGACCGCCGAGGCUGGCAAAAACAAGAAAGACAAGGCGAAGAAGAGCAGCUCGGAGUGCGAGGACUGGCGCUGGGGGCCCUGCACCCCCAACAGCAAAGACUGCGGCCUGGGCUACCGCGAAGGCACUUGCAAGGAUGAGACCAAGAAACUCAAGUGCAAGAUUCCCUGCAACUGGAAGAAGAAGUUUGGAGCUGACUGCAAGUACAAGUUUGAGAACUGGGGUGGGUGCAGCGCCCAGACAGGAGUGAAAACCCGCUCAGGCGUCCUGAAGAAAGCCCUGUACAAUGCCCAGUGUGAGGAGAUUGUCUAUGUGACCAAGCCCUGCUCUUCCAAGAUCAAGACCAAGUCCAAAGCGAAGAAGGGCAAGGGGAAGGAUUAGAAGGGA